AUGGAUGUUGCAUUCUGCUGUGCGUCAAUUCGUGAAAUCAUGGAUCUCUCAGCAAGCAAGACGACAAUAGAAAUGCCGGCACUAGGGCUCCCAUUCUCCCUAGGGAUGCUGUAUGACUGCCGGGAUGAAGAACUUAUACCAGGUAUCACUUUAUGGAACCAUGAAGCCCUGAGAGAAGAUGUGGCAUCGAAAUCCCAAGAGCAAACAUCAUUUGAAAUCAUAACAUCUGAUACUGUUUCUGACAAAUCAUCUGCUAUGAAUAUUAAUGCAUCAUUGGAGGCCAGUUUCCUUUGUGGUCUGGUAAGAGUUUCUGGAUCAGCUACUUACAUGAACAAUACAAAGAAAUCUAGAAACCAGGCCAGAGUCACUCUAAAAUACUCAAGAACCACAAAGUUUGAGCAGCUGACUAUGAACCAUUUAGGUACCAAGAACAUGACUUACCAUGAUGUGUUUGACAAAGGGACAGCCACUCAUGUAGUCACUGGUAUAUUAUAUGGUGCACAGGCUUUCUUUAUAUUUGAUCGAGAUGUGUCCACAUCAGAAAACACUCAGGAUAUAAAGGGAAAUCUACAGAUAAUGAUUAAAAAAAUACCUUUAAUUUCAGUUGACGGGCAGGGAUCUCUGACCAUGAAUGAUCAAGAGAGAGAACAGGUUAGCAAGUUUUCUUUAAAGUUUCAUGGUGACUUUGCACUUGACAGGAACCCGGUAACAUAUGAAGAUGCCAUUGGAAUCUAUACCAGCCUCCCAAAGUUACUGGGAGAGAAUGGGGAAAAGGCUGUACCUGUGAGAGUCUGGUUGUAUCCCCUGAAUAAACUGGACAACAAAGCUGCCCAGUUAGUUAGAGAUAUCAGUAAGAAUCUUGUUUUAAAAGCUGAAAGUAUUAUCCAGCAAAUGGCAGACGUGAACAUGCAAUGUAAUGAUCUGAUGAGACAUCCGGCUGCAGAAAUCUUCCCAGAUAUGAAGAAGAAAAUCAGACAAUUUAUGGAGCUGUGUGAGCAGUUUACGCUCUUCUUUCAAAAGCAACUUGCACAAACCUUACCCUCAAUCCGUGGUGGUGGUUCUGAGGAAGUGGAACUAGUGAAUAUAUUAACUAGUGUAGAACAAUCUCCAUUUGGAAAGGUCCAUAGUGAAGAUUUUUUAAGCCGUAUAGAACAGGAGCUGAAUGUUGUGAAAAUGUAUAUGGAAGCAUUACCAAAUAUCCAAGUUUCAUCAUCAGAAAGCACCAUAAACGAAGUAGUGCUUGAUACAAGAAUUCAGCAUGUAGUGUGCUACAAUUUUUCUUCCUUAAAUGAACAGGAUCCAUAUCUAAGUGACUUGUAUCAUUGGCUCUCACAUCAAAAGCAAAAAUCAGAAAGUAAUGUAUAUGAACAAAGGAACUUUAUACCUUGGUUCAAGAUUACAGAUGUAUCCAAAAAGGCAAGGAAAUAUAUGAAAGUCUAUCAACAAUUUGCCAAGUUGAAUGCAUCUAUUGCUGACAUUAAAUUUAUUAUCUCCUCAGUUCCAGACCAAAGCAACCCCGGAGUCUCUAUUUUCCUAUAUGAUAAUGGAGAAUUAGUGAGUUCACAGUUUGAGCCUCCAGCUAAACCUCAUCUGCCUACUCUCAAAAGUAAGACCCAUGAUAGUAUGGAACUCACUCUCAUGCCAGCAGAUUUUGGAAAAAAGUUUAUAAAAAGUUACAAUAUACAAUAUAGAUGUAAUGAAAAUGAGAGAUGGAGCACUGUGAGAACAAAAGAUGCUAAUGAGACAGUCACAAUCAGAGACCUGAAACCUAACUCAAUAUACCAAAUUAGAUACUCUGCUGUGUGCAUUCCAGGACUUAGUGAAAUUAAUGAUGAUCUAAAAGAUGAGAAAACCUGUCCAACAAGCCCACCUGCAGCAAUAGAAGUUUUUCCUGAAUCCUCCACACUUAUCUUACAUUGGAGGGAACCUACCAUCAUUGGUGAUGGAGUAACAAUAACAGAAUAUAUAGUUGAAUAUAAAAAGGAUGUUGACAAUGGAAAUCAGGGUUGGGUUGAAAUAAAAACAGGAAAGAAAGAAGAGAAAUGUACUAUUGAAGGACUUAAAUCAAUGACACCUUACAUAAUCCGUGUGUCAGCUGUAUGUGGGGAUGAUGGGCUCAGCGCUCCAAGUCAUGAGAUUAAAAUUUCAACACAAAACAAAGAGGAAUCUAACAUUAAAUAUGAGGUUCUUAAGGAAAGCAUUUCACUGUCACAAGGAAAACCUUCAGUAUAUGUGCUAUCAACUGAUAUAAUUGAAUCUGGGUAUCGGCAAUACAGUUUAGGAAAAGUAAACACCGCUAUGACAAAUAAAGUGAUAUUGUUAGUAGGAGCCACAGGUACAGGAAAGACAACACUGAUCAAUGGAAUGGCCAACUACAUCCUGGGAGUAGAUUGGAAUGACAACAUUAGAUUUAAACUUGUACAUGAGGUAACAAAUAUGUCUGAAGCUCAUAGCCAAACUUCUCUUGUCACAGCGUAUCAGAUGAAUUAUAAGAAAGGGUAUAAAAUUCCCUACAACCUCACCUUGAUAGACACUCCAGGUUUUGGAGACACUCGUGGUAUAGACCAGGACAAAAAGAUCACAGAAGCCAUCCAUGCAUUCUUUACAACUGACAGCAAGAUUGACCAGAUUGAUGCUGUGUGCUUUGUAGUUCAAGCUUCUUUGGCUCGUUUAACACACAGCCAAAAAUACAUUUUUAAUUCAGUCUUUUCUAUCUUUGGAAAGGAUAUCAAGGACAAUAUACUGAUUCUUAUAAACUUCUCAGAUGGAGAGAGACCCCCAGUACUGGAGGCUAUAAAAACUGCUGACAUCCCCUACUCUCAUGACAGCAAUGGAGACCCGGUUCACUUCAAGUUUAAUAAUUCAGCUCUGUUUGCUAAUAAUCAGACAAGUAACAUGAGUUUUAAUCAGAUGUUCUGGGACAUGGGCACACACAGUAUGAAAACAUUCUUUACAUCAUUAAAUCAAAUGCAGACUAAAAGUCUUAAACUGACCAAGGAAGUUCUUAAAGAAAGGAAGCAGCUUGAGGUCACCCUACAGGCUUUACACCCACAGAUCAAGUCUGGGCUUGUAAAACUGGAUGAAGUCAGGAAAAUAAAGGUAGCCUUACAGCAGAACAGAGAUCUAAUGGAAGCCAAUAAGAAUUUUGAGUUUGAGGUAACAGUAACUAUACCAGUACAGGAAGCCAUAAGUGAUCAUUUUAUAACUAACUGCCAGCAAUGUCACUUCACCUGUCACUAUCCCUGUUUUAUUGCUGAUGACAGCCAGAAACAUGGAUGUUAUGCUAUAAGUGAUGGGUAUUGUAGAGUUUGCCCUAAUAAAUGUGUCUGGUCGGUUCAUUUUAACCAAAAGUACAAGUGGAAAUAUGAGGAGAAAACGGAGACAAGAAAUUAUGAAGAUAUAAAAAAGAAUUAUGUAAAAGCUUCUGGAGAGGUCAUGACAGCAGAAAAUGUAUUUAAAGAGCUACAGAAUGACUAUUGUGGUGUGAGACAAGCGGUGCUGAAUCUGAUAGAGAAAUCCUCACAGAGUCUGAAAAGACUUCGUGAUAUUGCUUUAAGACCAGAUCCAAUGAAAACCACAGAAUACAUUGACCUGAUGAUACAGUCUGAGCAGCAGGAAGCUAAACCAGGAUAUCAGGAGAGGAUCAAGUCACUGAGUGAUGUCAGAGAGACAGCCAAGAUAAUAGAGAAGAUUGAGAGGGGUGAACCAUUACUGCCAGAGGAACAGGAACAUCACAAUAAAAGUAAAUUGCAAGGGGUUGUCAAGUAUUGCAAAAAGGCGGUUAAUUUUUUUAGCCGUUAG